UGGAUCAGAAUUUGAGAGUGAAUGGGAUGGCGGCAUCCUAAAAUACUUCUGUGACCAGACCUGCAAGGGACAGAAUGGAGGGAGGCUGUGCCGGUCCUCAGUCACCAGGCCGCGUGGCCUGGAGUGGUACAGGAGGCCAAGACCCAGGACAACUAGAUAUGUUGGAGAAAGCACAUGAGUUCUUUCAGACUUGUGAUGUGGAGGGCAAAGGCUUCAUCACUCGUCAUGACAUGCAGAGACUUCAUGGGGAGUUGCCUCUUAGUCUAGAAGAGCUGGAGAAGGUUUUUGAUACCCUGGAUACUGAUGGCAAUGGUUCACUUACCCCGGAGGAGUUCACUACAGGAUUCAGCCAAUUUCUGUUCAGGCAGAUGGUCUCAAGGAAUGAAGCUCCUGGGCCAGAAAAUGAAAACGACUUUCCAUCUAAGUGGGAAGAGAACUUUGCUGAUGAGAGUGAUGAUGAAGACCACCAAUUCUCAAAGCUAAUGGCUCAGCUUGGGGCUAGGAGGAACUUAGAAGACGAGAGUGAUGUGAAGCAACUUUGGUUACAGCUCAGAAAAGAGGAGCCUCAUUUACUUUCCAAUUUUGAAGAGUUUCUGGCCAGAGUUUUCUCCCAGCUCCAAGAAGCUGAUAAUGAAAAGAAUGAAUUGGAAUCUGCCCUGAAAAAGAAAAUUGCUGCUUAUGAUGAAGAAAUUCAGCAGCUCUAUGAAGAAAUGGAGCAGCAAAUCAAAAAGGAGAAGGAACAGUUUCUCCUGAAAGACACAGAGAGAUUUCAGUCCCGCAGUCAAGACCUGGAACACAAACUUCUGUCAAAAGAACAAGAAUUGGAGCAACUGAUUCAAAAACAGAAAAGGUUGGAGGGGCAGUGUAAGGAGCUACACAAUGACAAGCAAGAGACCAAAGUGGAGAACACCAAGCUGAAGCUAACAAAUAAGGAGCUGCUGCGGGAUCUGGAGAGAACUUCUCAGGAGUUAAUCAUUGCCCAGCAGCAGUUACAGAUGCUUCAGGAGGAGGCUUCAAAACUGCAGGAAGAAAAAGAAGUGGAGGUGUACAGAGUGACGGAAAGCUUACAGAGAGAGAAGUCAGGACUCCUUAAACAGCUGGACUUCUUAAGAGAAAGGAACAAGCAUUUGAAAGAUGAACGUGACAUGUGCUUACAGAAAUAUAAAACAAGUACUCCAAAUGCCAACUGGAAGCAAAGAUCUGGAUCUGUCAUUGGGAAAUAUGUAGAGGGAAAGGUACUGUCUAAAAGCCAGUCCAUUGAAGAAGAAGAUGUUUUCAGUAACUCCACAAGAAGAAGGAAUUCUGUUGGCUUGAAUGGAUAUAUUUCUGUAGAGUCUGACCACUGUACUGGAGAAAUGACUCAAGGUAAACAUCUCCAGAGAAUCAUAUCAAUUGAAGAAGAUCACCUACCCCAGCUUUUGGAUAGGUCGCUUGAGAAACAGUUAAGCAAAUGGACAGAAGAAGAUGAGAAUGUGUCUUCAGAGAAGGAAAUGGAUGAGAUGCAGCUGACACCAUCUUCUCAGCAUAUGCCAUCAUCACCCAGAGGGCAGCCAGUGGGAAAAGAAAUGUUGUCACAUGAGGAAAGGAGGAUACCUACUGUCCCUGAUAGCUUAUUCAAGAUCGUUUUUGUGGGCAAUUCAAGUGUAGGAAAGACUUCAUUUUUAAGGCGAUUCUGCGAAGACCGGUUUUUCCCAGGCACGUCUGCUACUGUAGGUAUAGAUUACUGUGUGAAAACAAUAACUGUGGAUAACAGCCAGGUGGUCCUGCAACUCUGGGACACCGCUGGGCAGGAACGGUACCGCAGUAUUACCAAGCAGUUUUUCAGAAAAGCCGAUGGUGUCGUCGUGAUGUAUGACAUAACAGCAAAAGACACAUUCAUAUCCGUCAAACAGUGGCUUGUGAGCAUUGAGGAGGCAGCUGGGGAGAAUAUACCUCUUCUUUUGCUGGGUAACAAAACUGAUAAUGAAAAAGAGCGAGAAGUCCCCAAAGGACUAGGAGAACAUCUAGCCAAGGAUUACAAUUUAAUUUUUUAUGAAUGCAGUGCCUAUUCUGGUCACAAUACCAAAGAGUCUGUGCUUCACUUGGCAAGGCUGUUAAAGGAGCAAGAAGAUAAAGUGAAAGAAAAAACAGUUAAACUGCAGCAUGACUCAAAUAAAAAGUCUUGUUGCGGUAGGCAGUAAAAGGCUGGAUCCAGUUAGACAAAAAUCACAUAUCUGUAUCACACUACAGUACAUCAUCAGAUCUGUCUUGUGCUCCAAAUAUGGCUCAUGCUGUGUUGUAAAGGUAGCAGCAGAAGAACUUAAAGAAUGUAGUACACUCCUGCCUUCACUCUUUUGCAAAAAGAUGUGAGGGUCUUAGUUAGGAUUACAUAGACAAAAGUAUGUAAGGCAGUGACACUCGCUGUCCUGUGUUUGCACAACCUUUAGCACCAUGGAUACCUCAUCCAUGUUUGGCCUACCAGAUGUUACUGCAAUACAAAUAAUAAAUAGGAGUAAUAAUAAAAUAUCCACUUAGAAUAAAAAGUGAAUUCUCACAGGGCUGAUCCUGUAGACUAGUGGUUCUGAACCUUUUUAAGACUUGAAGCAUCCCUCAAUAGACUUGAGUUACCCUUUGGAAAAUGCUACCUCUUAGUUUUUACUCUCUUUUUUUUUUUGACCACAGAAAAAUAAUAGAGCAGGUCUUCUGUUGCAAAGAACUCAGAAAGCCCACAGCAGGUCAGAAUGGUUUUUAACACUAUAGAUUCUUGUCUGAAAUGUCUGGGUUUAUUUGGUGACUCAUGUUUGCACGCCUAACAGUGCUAACAUUGCAUAGCACCCCACAGCACCUUUGAAGGGAUCUUAAGGCACCCUAGAGUGCCCUGGCACCAUGGUUGAGAAUCACUGCUGUAGACUUUGACUUGAAUAGGUGAAUUAUUUUCAGUCCAAGAUACUUAUACGUCCUUAUCUUUUGAUGAGAAUGAGAUCUAUAAUCAUGUAUCUUGAAAUCUUGGCUUCAUAUUGACCUUUCUUAUUUAAUUUUUAAAAGCCUAACACAUAUUUAACUAUAAAACUCUGUGUUAAGGUUUUAAGUGUAAAUAUACGAGAGUUGAAGCAUGGAAAAGUCAGGAUGCUCAUCAUAAUGUUCACUAAUUCACACACUACACCUCUACAGUAUGUUGAUUUCUAGUUGUACUGCAUUUAGGACCUUGUUGUGGGACCCUAACUUGCAGUGGAAAGUGAUUUAUCUGGGGUUUCAGAAGCAAGUAACCUCAUCUAUGCUAGGAUGGGGUUAUCCAGUAGCCUAUACAGUUACCCAUGUUUCUAGAUGUUACUAGCAGGUGGCUGUUUUAUUACUGGAACUUCGCUACAGCAGCUGUGCUGCCAGGAGGCCUCAGCUAUUAAACAGACUGGAAUGGUCAGAAGAAAGCACACAUACAUCAACAUCCGCUGUCAGGUGUGGGGCAGUGGUAGGUACCUUCUGUUGUUUGCCAAGCCAGUUUUAUUCUGUUGGCAUAAAGAAGGGGUCCUGCCACCACUGGGGAGCUGUUUGUUCUGAUACGCUCAGAGUUGUGCAAGCAGAGUUAUAUAAUGCAGACUAGGUCUGAUGCAGCUGCUCUGCCUCACACAAACUCCAUCACAAAAGGCUUAGCAUGGAUAUUCUAAAAUUUUCAGAAACACGUGCCUAAAAUGAGACUACUUGGUCUCUAAUUUGGGACAGGAACUUUUCUUCCCCAAAAGUAUCUGACACGCAGCAUCAGGAGCACAAAUCUUACUGCAGUUUGAUUGGACCUUUGCUCCAUUCCUUCAGUGCCUUUAAAGUUGCCCUGCUCAUGCACCUGAAACGGAUGUCCUCAUUUUCGAAAGUGUUGAGCCAUCCAGAAGUUGGCUUUGACCUCAUCUAGAAUAUAGUACUUGAAAAGCCAGCCUUUUGGGGAGGUAUCUGUUCUUUUAAAACCUUGACUAGAGCAACACAUGAAAUGGAAUGUCAUCGUGUCUUUUGGAUGGUCUGGUUGGAUAUGAGCGAGAAGAGCAAAUUCAGAGCUGGUCAACCAGCAAGUGCUCGAGUCAUCCUGGUUGGCACUCUUCCUUCUCACGCAUAAUGGUACUUUCAAGAACGGUCUGUAAAGUACAGAUGAGCAUUGGAGAUAAACAGCAUAUUUCUGUGCCUAUUUUAUUAAACUUUCCGUAGCGAAGCCAAAGACGGUUUCCUACAAAAGAAAAAGAUGAUUUAUACAGUAUAUUUGCAAUCCAUUUUCUAAAUGUUUCACAGUUUUUUCAUUUAAAUAAUGAAUUGAUUUGAAACAAAUGUAAUUAAAAAUAAGAGACUGUGUUUAUAAAAGACCCACAGGCUAAACACUAGUUAUAUAUGUAGCUAUUUUAACUUAUUUUUUAAUAAAACCU